AUGAUGAAUGGUCGAAGGGGAGGCAGACCUCGGUCAAGAGAACGCAACCCUGCUAAGCGGCCAAACACCAGAACGGAGGUGGAGGAUUUCAACAAGCCGGAUUAUCCCUCCUUAAAAGGCGCACCUAGUACCAAACGGCAGUAUACAUAUGGAGCUGCAGAGGAACCCCGCCGCCUCAGCGUGGACAGCAUGCCGGCCACCCUUCAGGAUGCUAUGCAUGGCGUUCUUCGGAGACAGGCACGGCAGGAGGCUGAGGAGGCUGCGGAUCUUCAACGUCAUGGACAGCAUCUGAAGCCUCAAGUCGCUCGCCGAUAUAAUCCAGCGAGACAGGCCGACGACACAGAAUCCGAAUCAGACGUUGAGUCAAAUCAGCUGUCACAUGGCCGGGACAAUGGCAAGCAUAGACAGGGACUAAAGCCUGCUGCGACAAAGCUUGCAAACCCAAACAACACAGCAAAGGUGGCCUUUGACCAAUCGUUUAGUCGGCCAGCAUCUGAGGAUGAGGACGAGAUCGACGAUGACGAGGAUGGAGAGCUCACUCCCUCCGAAAGUGAUGUUUCUGAUUCGCGGAGUUUCAAUGCUGAGGGUGAUUAUUUUGGGAAUGCCUCGUUUAGAUCAAUGCCGCCGCCACUGGCCGUCAAACCAAUUCCAUUAUCCAAAACGACAAAGCCGUCCGUGCCACCACCUUCCUCUCUAUCAAGUCGGCCCCCGGCAACCAGGGAUCAAUAUGAGCAGGCUACGCCGAAUCGAAUCCGCGAAGCUCCAGGCAAAGCUUGGAGUGCCGUCAAGAGUCUUCUAGGGGGCAGAGUUCUUGCGCCCGUCAGUCCACCCGAAUCUGACACGCAGCUAAGUCAAGGGGUUAGCACUGGCACACUUCUAGAACAGAGCCAGUCUACAACAAGAAUGCGUAUCCCCAAGGCAUCGACCAUUGUAAGCUCAGCAAGUCAACCCCGAGGCACAGAGCAACGGACAAUACCUCCUCGUGGUAACACUGUCGCGGGUCGUAUGCCUCCACGUGCUACAACUCGGCAGCCGGGCAAACCUGUCGUCAGUCAACAUGAUUCUCGCUUUCCAACAGAUCACAGUGAAAUGGACGAUGCUAUGCAAGACAACAUUCGAGAGACCGAUGGCCAAGUUUCACGACAAGAGAAAUGGCGGCGCAUUCUCGCGUCCCUCUUCCCAUAUCUUUCUAGGCGGCAGCCUCGGCAAAGGGACAUUCAAAAUGGGGAAUUCAACUCUCCUGUGUCUUCUGAUUUGGAUUCUGACGUUGAUUCUGAACUCGAUUCCACUUUCACCGACGACUCCAUCAACUGGCAACAGUUGUUCAAUCCACUCACAUAUCUACGGGCAAUUUAUUGGUUUUUCAGCGCCGCCAUAGAGAGUGUCGUCAACUCCUUCUCCGGCCUCUUCUCGGAUUCUCUACGAGAGCGGUUCAUACUCAUUGGUGAGGCCCUGGUAUACACAGUUAGCGGCUUUUCAUUCAUCUUGUUGGCUGUGGUCCUGUCAAGCGUCGCCGUCGCCAAUUUGCCCAGCUUCGGAGAGGCACCCUCAAUUUCAGUUCCUUCAAUCCCAAUACCAGCCCUACCGGAUCUUGGUGGCCUUGCCUCUCGAAUUGGAAGUCUCAUUCCUUCCAUUACUUGGUCCUCACGGAGCGCAUGGGAUGACUUUCCAGGACUGGACGAGCUGCGAGGUGACCAGUAUGCCGAGUUUGGGGAUAUGAUUAACCAAAUAUUGCGAGACCUCCGCCUAAUGAAGGGUGCUGGAAAGCUUCAUGAAUCAUCUAUUGAAAAGCUAAACGCAGUCGUUCCCAAGAUGGUACACAUGACACUCAAAGAUGGGAAGCCCGUCGUUGCGCAAGAUUUCUGGCAUGCAAUCCGAGAUCUGGUCGAGAAAGAUGGCAGCUUCCCGAUGCUAAACAAGAGCAAGGCCGGCCAUUACGAACCCUCGUCAGAGAAGCAGUGGAAAGAUAUCGCGGCAUGGCUAGCGAGACGUCCAGAAAUCGCCUCCAAGAUCAACGAAGCAAACGAUGGACUGGCCAAGAAGCUGCCGCAUAUGUGGGAGGCCUGGGCAACCGACAACCAGCGCAAGGUUGAGCAAACCCUACGCCCCAUACUGGACAAGAUGAAAAUCACCGGAUCUCUCUCAGACAAGGACAUUGAUAAGCGUCUUGACCAGUUGAUCAAAAAGCAUGUCGGGAGUUCCAAAAGUGGCAGCACAGUCGUAACUCGCGAAUACUUCUUACAGUAUCUGAAGGACGAGUUUGCCAGUCAUCGGGCAGAGAUGAAGGCCGAAAUCAUUGAGCUGCAGCCCAAGCUAGAACAGCUGAUUCGCGACACUGUCGAUCUAGCCAAGAAGGAUGACUCUUCAAGCAUCACACGGGCAGAAGUUACCAAGCUCGUUGAUAGUUUGGUUCGCAAAUCCAUUGCCGAUUUGAACCUAGAGGCCAUGGCUAAGGGUCGGAUUCGUUCUCACUGGGAUAGGGAUCUGAAGAACCAGCUCAACUACUUUGGAGUUGGUGCCGGCGCAAUCAUCGAUCCCAAACAAACAUCUACAACGUUCAGGCCCGAUGCGAAAUAUCUCAACGACAAGGGUCUCAAGGGCGCUCAGCCAUACGCUCCCAUAGAGGCUCUUCUUCCAUGGCAUGACGAUGGCGACUGUUGGUGCGCUGCCCGUGAGGUGAACAAACGCGGCAACCCCCAUGGUGCCAAGUUGAGCGUCAUCAUGGGCCACUCAAUCAUCCCUCAGCAUAUCGUGAUUGAGCACAUAUUGCCCGGCGCUACGUCAAAUCCUGGUGCGCGGCCACGCCAGAUCGAAGUGUACAUCAAGAUCGAAGACGCGGCUAUCAGAGAGCGCCUGCUGGACUUUUCCGCUGCGCAUUUCCCCGAGGACCUGUUCGACUGGAACUACGCUCCGGCUGAUCUGCCUCCCCAGUUUGUCAAGGUCACUCAGUUUGUCUACGAGGGCGCAGAACUGCAUGACGGCGUUCAUGUUCACCGUCUCAGCAGCGAACUCAUGGCGCUCAACGCCGAGACUGACCAGGUGAUUGUUCGCGCCGUGAGCAACUACGGAGCUCCCAAUCACACAUGUUUCUACCGCAUUCGCCUCUUUGGGCAUAAAGUACCAGAGCUAGGCGACGAGUGA